GGCCGGGUCACAUCUGAUGACACCACCUGACAAUCGGCCGCUUUCAAAGCUCAGCCUCCUGCUGCUGCUGUCGUCCACUUGCCUUGCUCUGGCUGAUGGUUGCAGGUCCAAAGAGGGAUGGCCUGGGACUCCCUGUGCAGCAGGGACUUACUGCGCCCCAAGAUACGAAGUGCCUCAAGCCGGACGCCUGGCAGCCAGAGCCGUGCUGAAACACCAUCCCUGGAGGAGCUGCGGCGCCUGCUCUGGACACGCAAACACCCCACGGGGCACGUGGACGAAGUCUGGCCAAACCUUUACGUGGGAGACCUGUAUGUUGCUCGUGACAAAGAGCAGCUGAGCCGAAUGGGCAUCUCCCACGUUGUGGAUGCUGCCGCUGGGCGAUUUCGCAUCGACACUGGACCCAAGUUCUACAAAGAUCUGCUGGUGGAUUACUAUGGAGUAGAAGCAGAGGACAACCCAAACUUUGACCUCAGCAUUUACUUCUACCCAGUCGCUCGAUACAUAAGAGCAGCUCUGAAUUCCCCAAGAGGCAAAGUACUAGUUCACUGUGCAAUGGGAAUCAGUCGAUCUGCAACUCUUGUCCUUGCUUUCUUAAUGAUCUGCGAAGACAUGUCCCUCGCUGACGCAAUUCAGGCUGUGCGCUCGCACAGAGGGAUCUGCCCCAACUCCGGCUUCCUCAGGCAGCUUCGGGAGCUGGAUCUCCAGUUACAAAGGGGGAAAGGCAGAGAAACAGAGACCUGUUAGUGCCAGGGGGACACGUGUCCGGGCACUGGACCGAGAGAUGCCGCCCUCACUGAAGACAGCGUAAGGAUGCUGUCAGGACUGCUCCGCAGCUGCACUGAGAAACUCCUUGGGAAAUGGCUGAGCACAAGCAAGGUGGUAGGAGUCUGGUAUGUAUUUUUUGGAUAAGCCCACUAAUUGGAAUGAAAAUUAAAUAAAGAAGGAUUCAAGCUGUCAGCUUUGCCCACCUGGGCUUGUUGUUUUAACUACCUGUUGGGCAGGGCAUAGGGAGCAGUUGGGUUUUCAUGCGGAAUUAAAAGGCAGCACAGUCAACUUGAAAAAAAGACUUUCUACUUGCUUAUAGUUGCAUUUAUAAGGCAAGAGGGAAAAUGGCUAAACUAGUAAAAAGAAAAAGAAAACAUGGGGGUUUUAAGCAAAUUUUAACAUUUCGUAUCCAGCUGGCAUAGGGUGAGGGUUCAGGUUUUGCAAGCUGACGUGCUCCUUUAGUCUGACAUGGUGACACCACUCAGGAUCCAACUCAGACCUUGGGAUCUCUCUAUUACAAGCCACAGAGGCUCUUGCUGGGACCUUCACAAGACCUUUUAGCUUCAAAUCUAGGCCAAAUACUCAGAAUUUAAAAAGACCACGAAAUCCUCAGGAGCCGGUACUGGAGGUCCCAGCCAGACGCUGCAGCCUGGGGCACGGCUAUGGCAGCCUGAUGGCUGGCCAGAGGGAAGGAAGGUGUCCCCUUGCAUGCGUGAAGCCUGGGGCACGCUCAGGGGACACUGGUCACAGACAUAAACGUCCUUCUUUUGG